GUUGAACUCGGAAACACAACCCUCCCAGAGGCUCCGCUAUCAUUUCCUGUAGGUCACGUUUUCAUUACAUUUGGAAGAAAUGGCGGACAUGGAUGAACUGUUCGGGAGUGAUGGGGAUAGCGACAAUGAACAACGAGAGUCUGGCUCUGGCUCCGGUUCGGACUCGGACCACGACAGACCCCGGUCCGCCAGUAUCGCCUCCGGCAGCGGCAGCGACAGUGAGAGGGAGCGGGGUGACGAUGAUGAUGAGGAAGGCCAGGAGGCAGGAAAGCCCAGCAUGAAUAAGGAGCUGUUUGGAGAUGACAGCGAAGACGAGCGACACAGUCAACACAGCGGCAGCGACAACCAAUCUGAACACUCAGGGAACCAGUCGGAUGCCAGCAUGCACUCGGAGCAGGAGGACAACGAGCAUUCAGAUGCAGAGCAGCACAGCGGCUCAGAGCGCGGCCAUCGGGACGAAGAGGAGGACGAGGAGGACGGCGGCCACCGGUCAGAUGCCGGAAGCCCAGCUGGCAGCGUGGUGUCUGGAGCCGGGAGCCCUCGCUCCGACAGGGGCAGCGUCCGUUCAGACAGAAGUGUACACAGUGAUCCUGGGACUCCUCAGUCAGGGCCAGGCACCCCUCACUCUGACGGAGAAAUGUCCGGCAGGGAGAACCAAUCCGAUGAUGAAAAGUGGGAAGGAGGAGCUAAGAGCGACCAGUCAGAGGAUGAGGAGGAGAAACGCCAUCACUCCGAUGAAGACAGAGAGAACUCUGAUGACGAGGGGCCCAGGAACAGGAAGUCGGAGUCUGCCAAGGGGAGUGAUAGCGAAGAUGAUUUCAUCUCACAGAAAACCAAAACGAAGAUUGCCUCCGAUUCCGAUUCAGACAGUGAUGUCGGACCCAAGAAAAACAAGAAGGCAGCAGCAGACGACCUGUUUGGAGAGGCCGACGACAUCUCCUCAGAUAGCGAUACAGAGAAGCCCCCGACCCCAGGACAGCCCGUGGACGCAGAGGACGGGAUGGAGGGGGAGCAGGCAGAGGAGGAGCCCGUUCCUGAGACCCGUAUCGAAGUAGAGAUUCCCAAAGUCAGCACUGACCUGGGAUCUGAUCUUUACUUUGUCAAGUUGCCCAACUUCCUGUCCGUCGAGCCCAGACCCUUUGAUCCUCAGUACUACGAGGAUGAAUUUGAGGAUGAGGAAAUGCUGGAUGAGGAGGGACGGACCAGGCUCAAACUUAAGGUGGAGAAUACAAUUCGGUGGAGAGUGAAGAGAGACGAGGAGGGAAACGAAAUGCGUGAGAGCAACGCACGCAUUGUCAAAUGGUCUGACGGCAGCAUGUCCCUCCAUUUGGGGAAUGAGGUGUUUGAUGUUUACAAAGCUCCUCUCCAGGGAGACCACAACCACCUGUUCAUCCGACAGGGCACUGGACUACAGGGACAGGCUGUGUUCAAAACCAAACUCACCUUCCGGCCCCACUCCACAGACAGUGCCACCCACAGGAAGAUGACUCUGUCUCUGGCUGAUCGCUGUUCCAAAACCCAGAAGAUCAGGAUCCUUCCCAUGGCUGGGCGGGAUCCUGAGUCCCAGCGUAAUGAAAUGAUCAAGAAAGAGGAAGAGCGUCUGCGCGCCUCCAUCCGCCGGGAGUCCCAACAGAGGAGAAUGAGGGAAAAGCAGCACCAGAGAGGCCUGAGCAGCAGCUACCUGGAGCCUGAUCGCUAUGACGACGAGGAGGAGGGCGAGGAGGCUAUCAGCCUUGCAGCCAUCAAGAGCAAAUACAAGGGAGGAGGAGGCCUGAGGGAGGAGCGAGCGAGGAUCUACUCGUCCGACAGCGAUGAGGGCUCAGAUGACGAUAAGGCCCAGAGGCUGAUGAAGGCCAAGAAGCUUGACAGUGACGAGGAGGGUGAGGGCUCGGGCAAGAGGAAGGCAGAGGAUGACGAGGAGUCAUCCACCAAGAAGGCUAAGAAAUAUGUCAUCAGCGAUGAAGAGGAGGAGGAAGAGGAUGAUGAAUGAUUCAAUUUUUUUUUCUACCAUUCCACUGUUCAAUCAGUGCUCAGUCCACGUGGCAUAGAACAGCCACAUUUUGCUUUGUAUAUUUUUUAUAGACCUGUGUGUGUGUGUGUGUGUGUGUGUGUGUGUGUGUGUGUGUGUGUGAGAGAGAGAGAGAGACGUGUGUGUUUGCUUGUUUAUGUUCUGUACAGCAGAGGUGAUGAAUAAAGAGGUGGUUGUUUUAUGUAACCAAAACUA